CGCCGGUCGGAAGUCGUGUGAGUCCACCUGCAGGCUUCACUGUAUGUGAAGCAGAUUAAUGGUGGAGGAACCCUAUCUUUCGAUCGCAGGUCGUGUUGUUAUUCUCUCUGGUUCCGAGGGUUUUUAUUGUCCAGGUUGAAUGGAGGGGGGCGAACUGAGGACCCGAGCCGAUCCGGGCCAGUCCAGGCCGGGUCAAGACACCAGGGACAGCAGCACCCAGACUGACAGCAGGGUACAAGGCCAUGGCCCCAGGUUAUCAAAGGUCAAUCUCUUCACCUUACUGAGUCUGUGGAUGGAGCUGUUCCCUCAGGAGCAGCAUGAGGACGAGGACCACAGUCAGACCCGGGGGAUGGGCUUGGUGGUGGUGCAGGACAGCAAGGUGCUGGGACUCCACUGUUCGGGCGCCGAGCUCCACGCGGGACAGGCAGCCAUCAUCCAGCACGGCGCCCGCUUGGCUGACUGUCAGCUGUACUUCUCCAGGAGACCCUGUGCCACGUGCCUCAAGAUGAUCAUCAACGCUGGGGUCAGUCAGAUCUCCUUCUGGCCCGGAGACCCUGAGGUCAGCAUGCUGGGCUCCACCUCCACAAACCAUCCGGACGCCCGCUCCCACAGUCCGCCGGGCUGCGUCAGGGAGGAGGCCGCGCUGGACGCCGUCGCAACGGAGAAGCUGAAGUCCAACAGCCGUCCGCACAUCUGCGUGCUGCUGCAGCCGCUGGCGUCAGGCCUGGCCCAGUUCCUCGAUGAGACGUCCAGAGAGUGCGACUUCAUGGAGAAGGUGGCUGAUGAUGAACCGGGGCUGAACACAGAGGAGCUCUUCAACAGAGAACGGACCAGACGCAUGAAGGAUUUCUCCAGACACUUCCUGGUCACGACGCCCCGGCAGCACCGGGACAUUCUGAAGCAAAUGGGUCUGGAGAACUUCUGCGUGGAGCCAUACUUCUCCAACCUGAGACAGAACAUGAUGGAGCUGGUGGAGGUUCUGGCUGCAGUGGCUGCCGGGGUGCCGCCGCAACACCACGGAUUCCACAGGGAACAGUGUUCGACCCCCGAGCAGCCGCUGCCUCCUCAUCAUGAGGGCGUGUCCCAAGAAGUGGCUCUUCACUGCAUUAUCCAAGCCAGACUGCUCGCCUAUAGAACAGAGGAUCCUAAAGUGGGCGUGGGCGCUGUUAUCUGGGCCAGACGACUCUCGCCUAGGAGUUUAGACGGAGUGGGACGUCUGUACCUCUUGGGUUGUGGGUACAACGCCUACCCAGCAGGCUCGCAGUACGCCGAGUACCCACAGAUGGACAACAAACAGGAGGACCGACAAAGACGCAAAUACAGAUACAUCGUCCACGCCGAGCAGAACGCCCUCACCUUCAGGACUCGAGAAAUCAAACCGGGGGAGGCCACCAUGCUGUUUGUCACCAAGUGUCCGUGUGACGAGUGCGUCCCUCUGAUCAGAGGAGCCGGCAUCACACACAUCUACACCACCGACCAGGACAGGGACAAAGACAAAGGAGACAUUUCCUACCUGAGGUUCAGCAGCUUGAAGGACGUCAGCAAGUUCACAUGGCAGAGGAGUCCUUCACUUUACUCAGCGUCCUCUCCUCACAUUGCCAACGGUUGCGUUGGGAAGCAGAGCAGGCGGACGGAGGAGGAGAGCCACAGCAGCAAGAAGCUGUGCGUCAACAGGCCGCACGACUCGCCGUCCGUCAGCUGAGCAUCGCCUCCGGACACACGGACAGAUGGAUGGACCAACCAGAAAGCUCAUGUGCCACAGAUCAGAAAAUUUAACGGUUCAAGUUGGGAGACGUUGUUCUAAGUCCUUUCCUAAUCUGUGGCUGCACAUCAUCCCACAUUGUUUUGCCUUGUAAUGCAGGGCUGGGAUGAGCUGCUGCAGUUCCAUUCUGUAUUUGAUCCACCAGGCAGGUGGAGUUGUGUGUGAAGCUCUUCUUCCAGUGAGAGACAAGAAGAAGCUUGAAAUCAGUAAAACAGAGGGAGGGAUGAAAGAAAGAGGAGAAGAGUGUCAGGACUAAAUGGUUGAUUUUUAAAUGCAUGGGAUGAGGGAAGGAAAUAUGGCGACGACAAACAAACAAAUAUUUUAAUAUAAUAUAAACUGACAUGUAGAUUUAUCUUUUAUUUUAUAUAUAUGUAUUUAAGUGGUGAAUAGUUUAUUUAACUGGUGUAAGGUUUUAAUGUGUCAUACUGAAUGUGUGUGUGUGUUGGUACGUGAGUGUGUUACACUCCUAUUGAAGUGAAUAAAGUUUGAAAGAGUGGAAGAUGCUGUUUUUCAAACUGGGAUUUUAAAUCUCUGAGAAGAGUAAUGACCAAACUACAGAUGAGGUUGGUGUAUUUGUCACAGCAGCAGUCCCUCUGGUUCAGGAAGCUGGGGAUCCUGGGUAAUCACCUGGACACAGAGCCCAACAGAAUGAAUCCCCACGUGUGGCUGCAGAUGGCGCUGCUGCUCAGUCAAACUGACCUGGUGAUGCUUUAAAGGGCCCAUAUUGUGUAAAAUACAUUUUCUGGGCUUUUACUAUCCGUAAUGACUUGAAGGGUCAGCAGAGACCCUCACAGUAUGAAGACAGUCACUCCGUGGACAUCUCACUCGGUCCAUUCUAAUAAAAUAUGUUACUGAAAA